AUGCAAGCACGUCGCGAUGAAAUUCUCGCCAAGAAAGCGAAGCUCGCUGAGCUGAAGCGGCAACGAGAGCUGCGCGCCAGCCAUGCGUCCGCGGGGCGCCAGAGCAUGGGCAGCCCUGGCGAGCCGCUACAGCUUGUAUCGCCAACGCCAGGUAGAGCAGAUAGCCGCCGCGAAAUCGAAUCUCUCAUAAAUAGCUUGGUUGGCGAAAGCCGUCCAGGGUCGACUACUACUGGCGGCGCUGCGUCCCCUGCCCCUCGCGGCAGCCGCCCAAACAGCGUCCUGAGUACUGGCGAAAUCAGUAACGAAACCUCCGAGUUCGCGGCGCCCCCUAGCGGACAUUCGGCACCACCACCACCACCCAUACAACUAAGCACAGUCCCCCUCACUACCGUCUACGAAUGCCCUCCUUCGCCUGUAAAAGAGGUAUUUUCAUACAGCAAAGGAGUUCAGACGACCGACGGAUGGACGUCGCCAUCGAGACCACGAGCGCAAUCUCUACAGUCAGACCAAGAUGACGCGCCAGGCUCCAUAACCAGUCCGUCGAAAAGACUGAGUAGGCGAGAACGCGAUCGCGAGGAAAAAAUACGCCAAAAGAUCCGCGACGAGGUGGAAGAAGAGCUGAGGGCAGCAAGAGAACGGCUGGCGGACGGCACCGAGGCGCAGCAAGCUUCUGCUACCAACUACCCCAUCCGAGAGCUGAACUCAGAGGAGCUUGAGGCUGUUACCCGGUCAGAUGAUUUUGUGGACUUUCUGGAGCAGUCCACCAAGGUCAUCGAACGAGCCAUAGACCAAGAAACGUACGACAUCCUCACCGACUACUCCCUGCAGGGCAAGGAUCUGGAUGAGGACGACGACGAGACUGGCAACACAGGCGGUCGCGGCCAGACCCGGAUAAAGGAAGUCGCUCAGUUUUAUGACGAACGGUGGUCCAAGAAGCGCAUGAUAAGCAGCAUCGAUUUCUCGCCCAAAUUUAGCGAGCUCCUGCUGGCGUCGUACACCAAGAACCCGACAGCACCCCACGAGCCGGACGGUCUCGUACAAGUCUGGAACACGCACAUGCACGACCGGCCGGAAUAUGUCUUUACGGCGCAGUCUGACAUUCUGACGGCCAAGUUUUCACCCUACCACCCCAACCUCAUCAUCGGCGGCUCGUACAGCGGCCAGGUGCUGCUCUGGGACACGCGCGCCAAAGCGGCGCCGGUGCAAAAGACGCCGCUGACAGGUUUCGGCCAUGCGCACCCGAUUUACUCGGUCGACAUUGUUGGCACGCAAAACGCGCACAACAUCAUCUCGUGCUCCACCGACGGCGUCGUGUGCGGCUGGAGUACCGACGUCUUUGCGCAGCCGCAGGAGAUCCUCGAGCUCAAGAACCCCGCCGCGCAGGCCAAGGUGGCCGUCGAGGACGUCAGUCCAACUUGCCUCGCGUUCCCACCGACCGACCCGACCUUCUUCCUCGUCGGCAGCGAAGAGGGCACCAUUUUUCCGUGCCACCGCUACGACCGUGCCGGCGCCAAGGCCGGCGUCGACCGCAAGAUUUGCUACGCCGGCCACACGGCGCCUGUCAUGUCGGUUGAUUUCCACCCCUCGCGCGGCCCCGUCGACCUGGGUGAUUUGGUGCUGUCCUCGUCGCUCGACUGGAGCGUCAAGCUGUGGAAGGUGCGUGCGCCGGCGGCGACCUCGACGACGGGCGGGCCCGGCGACGCGGGCCACCUGAUCCGGCCCCUCAUUGACUUUGUGCGCGAGGAUGUCGUCUACGACGCCCGCUGGUCGCCCGUCAAGCCGAGCGUGUUUGCGCUCGUCGACGGCGCCGGCUGGCUCGAGCUCUGGGAUAUCAGCAAGGAAACCGAGGAGCCCGUCUCGCGUAUCACCCCGCGCCCCCGCCGCGACGGCCGCACCAUGCUCGCCAAGAGCCUCAACAAGGUCGCCUGGGAGCCCAACGAGGGCCGUCGCCUCGCGACCGGUGGCAUCGACGGCGCCCUCACCGUAUUUGAGGUGGCCGGCGGGCUCGGCGGCAAAGAAGGCCUGAAGAACGAGGAGUGGACCAAUGUGAAGAAGCUGGUGAACCGGGUCGAGGCUGUGGGCGUCCAUGGGGCUGUGACUGUGUAA